AUGGCUGAUAAGCGUCACAUGUGUCUGCUGGGACUGAUCAUACUCUGUGCACUUCUCACAGGUAGCAGUGGAGCAGAAGUGACUCGUGUGUUCUGCAGUUCUGGUGAAAAUGCCCGUCUGUCCUGUAAUAAUGCUCUUUCUGACUGCACAUCAACUACAUGGAGCUAUAGCAGACAUUCAGGGACAGUUGAACUGAUUGCUGGAGGGAUAAAGAAGAAUGAAAUAGAGAGACAUGAGAGACUGAGUCUGGGCUCUGACUGCUCUCUGAACGUCAAGAAAGUCACAAAAGAAGAUUAUGGAUUUUACUCCUGCCGACAAUAUGUGAAUGAAGAACAACAAGGAACUGAUGUAUAUGUUUAUCUGCAUGUUCUUCAUGUCUCUUCAUCAUCCUCACAGUCUGAGAUCAGAUCAGGCAGCUCUGUGACUCUCUCAUGUCAGUUAUAUUAUGAUCAAGUCACUUGUGAUAUUUUGGUCGGUUCUGAGGGACUUCAGCUGAUUUGGGUGAAUCAGGCUGGUGUGAAUCUGCAGACAGACUCCAGAUUUCAGAUAUCAUUCUCCUCAGAACAGUGUAUCAGCUCUCUGACUACAACACUCCUGAAUGAAGAUCACAGCAGAGAGUGGAGAUGUCAGGCUAAACAGAGAAAUCAGCUGAAGACCUCUGCCACAUAUACUGUCAAGUAUCCAACUCCAACCGAAACAAAGACACCAUCUCCAGUCACCAGCUCUAAAUCAACUGCAGCUCCUACACAACCAGGUCUAAUGGGUUCAACACUGAAUACAGUCAGCCGCUCAAACUCUGAGAAGAAAUCAAGCCAAACUCCAGCAGCAGAUCCUACAAAACAAGAUAACAGAAAAGGGACUAAUGACUCUGUGGAGCAGAAAGAUGAUGUGACUUAUACUGAGGUUGCCACACACUGUAAAAUCCGAGCCAAAAAGAGCGAGGUUCAUGAUGAUGAUGAAGUGACUUAUUCUUCCAUCAGCGGAGCAACAGCUGGAUGA